AUUCCCCAGGAGACAAGAAAGGAGGAUAGAAAAACGACUUAGGAAUCUCCUUGGAGCUCAAGACCAGGAACUUCCCCAAGCCGGUCCCUGCCGCAGUUUCUGCGGCGCUCCGACGCGCUGGCCGCACUCGCAGCCCAGGUCGCCAGUACGCACGCGCAAGAUUAGCUGGGGCGCCAGAGCCGGGGCACCUGCGCAGGCUUGGCUGCGCCCUCUCGCGCCGCACGCUCCGCGGGUUCCUCCCUCCUUCCGAGCCCCUCCUCUGGCCGCCACGCGGGAGGGAGGCCGAGAUGGCAGAUGAGAUUGCCAAGGCUCAGGUCGCUCGGCCUGGUGGCGACACGAUCUUCGGGAAGAUCAUCCGCAAGGAAAUACCAGCCAAAAUCAUUUUUGAGGAUGACCAGUGCCUUGCUUUCCAUGACAUUUCCCCUCAGGCACCAACACAUUUUCUGGUGAUACCCAAGAAACAUAUAUCCCAGAUUUCUGCGGCAGAAGAUGAUGAUGAAAGUCUUCUUGGACACUUAAUGAUUGUUGGCAAGAAAUGUGCUGCUGAUCUGGGCCUGAAUAAGGGUUAUCGAAUGGUAGUGAAUGAAGGUUCAGAUGGUGGACAGUCGGUCUAUCACGUUCAUCUCCAUGUUCUUGGAGGUCGGCAGAUGCAUUGGCCUCCUGGUUAAGCAUGUUUUGGGGAUAAUUUUCUCUUCUCUAGGCAAUGAUUAAGUUAGACAAGUUCCAGUAUGUUAAGUAACACUCUUACUUUUGCCUGUGUACGGAGAGAUUCAAGAAAUAAUUUUAAAACUGCAUACAUAAUAAAAGACAUUGUUGCAUGGCUUAU